AGUGAUGCGUUUGAAUUUUAGACUCCAUUGUAAACCGCAUUAUGAAUUUUGAAUUUCUUCUUUAUUUUAUUACAAAGAUUUGAUUUUUAUAUUGUUCACAACUUCACAUAGUAUUACUUUAACUAACUUUUAGUGAUAAUUUUUUUUUUUAACAAAAUAUAGCAAGCAUUUUAUGUAGAGGUGCAUUGUUGAUAUGAUUUGCAUUAGAAAUAGAUAUGUACGUACAAAAUCUAUAAGAAUAUGGUUAUGAACGGUCUAAAUAGAGAAAAUGAUGUGUGAGUAAUGCAUCACCUGGUAGAUAAAGUGGACUAUAGCAAGAAAAUAGCAAAUUGCUGAGCAUUUGGGCAAAGGAGGAAACUAUAACAAAUUAACCAAAUACUACUGUAAAAGCAAAAACACAAAAGAAAAUACAACUAUCCUCCAUGAAAUUAUUUAUUCAUAGAAAAGUACAGAAGACAUCCAAUCUUCACACAAUUAGAGAUUAAGCUUAUCAAAUACUAGGCCAGCUAAUUACAAAUACAUUACGUACUUGAACUUUAUUUUAUACUCCGUAUAUGAAAAAAGUCGCAACUCAUCUUUUAUUAAUGCGUCAAUUAAGCUCCGUUCUUUCCACUUAAAAUAAUUUUAGAUGUCGACCAAAUUAGAACAAUUACUGGUAAUAGAGAAACUAGAAAAAAGCCCUAAAGUUUAGAGAGAGAAAGGGAGUGUCCCCACAAGAGAGAGUGUCCCCGGUGGUGGACAAAUCUGCCACGCCAAUAAUGUUUAAAUGGGGGGACCUUCUUUUUGCAGAUCAGACAACUCUAACUUUCUCCUCUUCUUCUUCUUCCUCCUCUCUCUUCACCAAUUCUUUCAGAACUCCCCAUAUAUAUCUUCUUCACCAUUUUCAUCUUCUUUCUGAAAAAAAUAAACUUAUAAUUUCUGCUCUGUUUAAAAUUCCUAUGCAAAAUUAAAAUAAAAUAAUCCUGAAACUUUAUACUAUAUUGGGAAGGUAACAUUUAUUAUUAUGGCAUUAUACUAGUCAAGAAUAUAUGUUGCUUUUCUAGAAAUAACCAUCCACUCUACUCCACUGCACUGCACCCCAAUUACCAAAAUCAAUUUUUUUUAGAGAGAGAAAAAUUAUUAAUCAUCAAAAGAAAGGAUUGGUUAUUUAUUGCAAAAUUGUACUUUGGAGUUUCACCAAACCCACUACUUUGGCUAUAAUGGAGAAGCUCCAAGGUCCCAUUAAUCCCUUUUUGAUUGCAGAAGAUAUGGAAGUGGGUAAUUGGUUAGAGGAAUUUACAAGCAGUACAAAAACAACAGCAGGAAGUAUGAAAUAUGAAGAUCCAUACAAUUAUUAUUCUGAAGAAGGAGGUGGUGCAAGUUAUCUUCCAAGUUUAGAAGAUAAGAUGCCAUUUUUACAAAUGCUUCAAACUGUUGAACAACACCACCAACAACAACAACCAUUAAUUCAUCAUUUUGAACCAACAAAUUUCCAGUUUCUCCUAAGACUACAACAUCAGCUAGUUGAGAGUUGUGUUACUACCACUACUAAUCAUCAUUUUCACAAUAAUCAUGGUAAUUAUGUUGGUGGUAAUGAUAUUAAUAAUAAUGAUGGUAUGAUUAUUAUGGACAUACAACACUCUCCUGGGGUGAAAUCUGAGACAACUGAAAUUGGAGAAAAAGUUGAGAAAUGUAAUGGUAGAUCUACUAAGAAGACGCAAUUCGUGAAAACAUGCACUACUGCACCGGCUGCGGCUCCGGUGAAAGAGAAGAGGAAGAGGAAGAGAGCGACGAGGCCGGCGAAGAACAAACAAGAGGUUGAGACUCAAAGAAUGACACACAUUGCUGUUGAGCGCAACCGCCGUCGUCAGAUGAAUGAACAUCUUAAUGCCCUUCGUUCUCUCAUGCCUCCUUCCUAUGUUCAAAGGGGUGACCAAGCAUCAAUUAUAGGAGGAGCAAUAGAUUUUGUAAAGGAAUUGGAACAAAUGCUACAAUCUCUACAAGCUCAAAAGAAAAUGAGGCAAACUGAAGAAAACGGCGACGUUUCAGUCAGUCCAUCCUCUUCUAAUUUGAACAAUCUAAGCAUUAAUAGUAACAUGUUCAUGGCAUCGCCUUCAUUCCAUUCCCUGGAAGACGGGAAAGGGAAUGGUGAAUCAGGAGAAGGAAGUAUAAGGAAAAGCAAUGAGGAAUUCAGUGCAGAAAAGAAGACAGGAAUAGCAGAAAUAGAAGUGGUUGUAAUUCAAAAUCAUGUAAACUUAAAAAUCAAAUGUCAAAGAAGACAAGGUCAACUCAUUAAAGCAAUUGUUGCCUUUGAAGAAUUAAGGCUCACUGUUCUUCAUCUCAACAUUACUUCUCUGCAUACCCUAGUACACUACUCUUUUAAUCUUAAGAUAGAAGAUGAUUGUAAACUAGGAACAGCAGAUGAUGUAGCCAGAGCAGUGCAUCAAAUAUUCAGCUUGAUCAACCUCAGCUAAACUAAGUCAAGUGAUUUUUUUACCUUUUAGUGUGAUUAUUUUGGAAUAUAGUUAGUUUAGAUGAUUAGAUGAAAAGAAAUUUGCAUCCAUGUUGUUAAGUAAGUAAAUUAUUUUUUUUUUUUGGUUACCUUAUAAUUUAGGUUUAAAUGGAAAUACCAUUUUUUUUUUCUUGUGAUAUAUAAUUAGGUAAAAUUUCUCUUAAUUUGUUGUAUAUAGUGUAGAUGGAUUAAGAGGGACCCAUCUAAGAUUUGCUAAAAGGUUUGAUUUCUCUUCUAAUCUCAUGAUUACAAAGGGAAUGAUGCAUCUCUUUUUAUAUUGACUUUUGAGAGUAAAGCCUUUUUUCUAGUUUCAUCAUUCUAGAAUGGUCCUUACGCUUGUCUCCCUCAAAAGGCAUCAAUUUUUUUGAAAUUAAAAUUUCACACUCAAAACAAAAUAAAUAAAUAAUAGAAAUAUUAAAGCUAUAAUGAUUCAAUUUUUUGGCCUUUUCCCUUGAUCUCUAUUCUCACUUUUUUUUCCCCUUCUUUUUGGUAUUGACCCUACAAUAUCGUAUAGUCCUUUUCUUUUGUGUAGGUAAUCGUACUAAUUUUACGUUGAGCUUGCUUGUGUAAUGCUUUGAGCCCAACUUGUAA